AGCUAGGGUUCUUUAGUAUUGUCUACUUUGUGGAAUGGAUAUUUAACGCGUUGGGAGCUCCGGCGUCGAAGCCUCUCCAGAUUGGAUCGCCCAUGGCUGCUCUUUCUUCUUCUUCUUCGCUGCUAGGAACCAAACUGAGUGAUGCUGCCGUGCAUGAUUUGCGGUGCCCUCGCUUUGCGCAGCUCAAAUUCGAGAGAAUAAGUGUAACGGGGCGGAGUUCUCGUCGGAUCAAGCGUUCCGCGCAAGUGAUCAUAAGUUGUGCUGGGACAUACAACGCAUCCACUGUUGUGGAGAAGAUUGACUUUAGGAAGCUUCAAAAUGGAAGUGACAUCCGUGGAGUCGCUGUUGCUGGUGGAGAAGAGGCUGUUAAUCUGACAGUGGACGUCGCCAAAGCGAUUGGUGCUGCAUUUGCGCAAUGGCUGGCUGAUAAGAAAAAAGAAUCCACGUCCAGUGCUUUACGGGUCUCAAUCGGCCACGAUUCAAGAAUAUCUGCGAGCUCCCUCGAGCAAGCAAUUGCCCAAGGCAUCGUUGAUACUGGCUUGGACGUUGUUUUGUACGGGCUCGCAUCGACCCCGGCAAUGUUUAACAGCACAGUGACGGAAAGGGGGGAUCUCUUAUGCCCAGCUGAUGGUGCUAUCAUGAUCACAGCCAGCCACCUUCCUUACAACAGGAAUGGUUUCAAGUUUUUCACCAACACCGGUGGUCUUGGGAAGGCUGAUAUAAGCGACAUCCUAAGCCGUGCUGCUCAGAUACACAGCGGAAGCUCCUGGCAAGGAGACGUGACAUCCAAGGACAUGAAGAGAGUGAAUUACAUGGACCACUACGCGAGCGAUCUUGUGAAAAUUGUUCAAGCUGCCGGUGGAAAAGGUGGGCUUACAAUUUGUGGUGUUGUGAUUUUUUUUAAAAACAUUUCCUUGCAUGCAGAACGUCCGCUCGAAGGAUUUCACAUUCUUGUAGAUGCAGGAAACGGUGCUGGUGGUUUCUUUGCGGAGAAAGUGUUGAAGCCUCUUGGAGCAGAUACGACCGGAAGUCAGUUUUUGGAGCCGGAUGGCAUGUUUCCGAAUCAUAUUCCCAAUCCUGAGGACAAGAAAGCAAUGGAAGCCGUGACAAGUGCUGUUCUCAAGCACAAGGCGGACUUGGGGAUCAUAUUUGACACGGAUGUUGACAGAUCUGCUGCAGUGGACUCCAGCGGCAGAGAACUUAAUCGUAAUCGCUUAAUUGCACUUAUUUCUGCCAUUGUUUUGGCCGAGCAUCCCGGGACAACAAUUGUGACCGACAGCAUCACUUCAGAUGGCCUCACAGAAUUCAUCGAGAAGAAACUGGGGGGAAAGCAUCACCGGUUCAAGAGAGGAUACAAAAAUGUGAUUGAUGAAGGCAUACGCUUGAACUCGGUGGGUGAAGAGUCCCAUCUAGCCAUUGAGACGAGCGGGCACGGAGCAUUGAAAGAAAAUCGCUGGCUGGAUGAUGGUGCUUAUUUGAUGGUAAAGCUUCUUAUCAAGCUUGCCGCUGGAAAAGCAGCAGGGGAGGGCGAGGGCAGUGAAGUGCUGACGAGACUGAUCGAAAGUCUUGAGGAGGCAGGAUUUGCAACGGAGUUCCGGCUAAAAAUCAACGAGAGCCAUCAAGACGUUGGCUCCAAAACAUUUCGAGAGUAUGGAGAGGAAGUUCUGCGUCGCCUGGAGGAGUCAUUGUCUUCCGAUAGUAAUCUCACCAAGGCCCCAAAGAACUACGAAGGGGUGAGAGUUUCGGGACAUGGAGGAUGGUUUUUACUGAGGCUGUCUUUGCACGACCCUGUGCUGCCACUGAACAUCGAGGCUCCCACGAAAGAUGCUGCGCAAAAGCUGGGAUCGUUUGUCAUGGAAGUGGUCUCUGGAUUCAAGGCAUUGGACGUGUCAAGCUUGCAAAAAUUUCUUACAUAGAAGAGAUGUAUAAGUAUCAAACGAACUAGCAUUUGCUAUCAAACCUAGGGGUUUUGCAAA